AUGGUCCUUCAACCCAGGAAGAAAACCUCCGUCGAAGCCGGCUGGAUCAUCUUCGCCGUCAUCUUCUCCACCUUCAGUUCCGCACUCAUCAUUCUUCUCUGCUGGUGGACCACCCGUGGCUCAAGCAAGAAAAGCAGCAGCAGCACAGAGCAAGAACAACAACAGCAAAACGAAAGCUCUUCAAGGCAGCUAACAUCCAGACGCUCGGUACGCUACUGGUAUUAUUACCCAGAGUACUUUGGACACAACAAUGGAGGAUCAUCAGAGCCACCAUCAGACGAUUAUGAUGCAAGUUAUACCGGGACGGAAUAUCAUUUGGAACAGCAACAACAACACCCGGAUUACUACAUCUAUCCGCCACCACCUUAUCCUCCGACGAGGCCGGUUAAUGUGAUGAGCUUUUUGGUUCGUAAUCAGAGGAAGAGGGAACCACCACCACCGCCGGUAGCGGAGGUUACUUCGCCGGAAAGGACGAGUACGCCAACUCCUGAGGAUGGCUCUUCCUCUUCGAGUGGUUCUUCGCCUGAUGAGCCACCUCCGAAUGGGGAUGGACCUCCGCCCCAUGGUCCUAGAGGAGAUCCCUCGGGCGGUCCUCGUCCAGAAGGUUCUGCACCUGAUCCACCUGAUCCGAUUAUCAUCGAUGUUGACUCACCGAAAUCAAAUGGGCUUGCGCCUGACUCACCUGAUCCGCACAUCGUUGACGUUCAAUCACCAAAAUCCAAUGGCAGUGUGAUCUCACGACAAGACGUUUCUGAGGCACAAGCUAAUUUCGGCAAGCUUAUGUCUGAAGCGGGCUCCAACAUAUGCGUCGUCAAAAGAAAGGCGUGGGUCAAAGGUAGCAUCGCCAAAGGGGUCGUCAAAGGAAGGGCGCAGAUCGAAGGUAGCAUCAUCACAUGGGCAUACUGCAUCCCCUUCAACAUCAUCAUUGGCCAUCCGCUCAGCCAGUCCACCUUCCGCAAAAAAUCCCCGAACCAGAAGCUCACAGGCUUCACGCCAUCCAUCAAUCCCGUCCAGACACUCUCGUCCAUCUCCCCUGCCAAGGCUCAGCUUGUCGCCCCCAAGGUCUCACGCCUCCCAUCGCUCCAGACGCUCCAGCCCGCCUCAGUCUCCUACAUCACCCCAUCACUCCCCGAUUCAACGCUCUCCAAGCCGCCACAGUCGUCUCCCGCUUACGGGUCGGGUGGGUAUGGAGUGGCGCUGAGCCCACAACAACAACAAAAAGAACAUGAACGAAAAGGCUCGCGCCAAUCGACAUAUUCGAGACACUCAGGUGCAAAAUCACCUUCGGCGGUUUCAGUGUCGGUUGUGGAGCUGCUGAGUUUGGAGAAGGACGUGGAUCAAACUGGGCAAGGAGGAGGCAUGUCCCUUUUGGAGCAUGAGGAGCAAGAAGAUCCGGAUGAGCGAGAGGAUGAUGAGAUUGUGGUGCUGGAUGAGGAAGGGCGGCUGCUGAGUCGAAGGAGUGUCUCCAAUUCUAGGGCUUCAUCACACCGACAGAUCGAUCCCACCGAUCACCAAAGGGAUUUCAUGGAAAUGGAACAUGGACAACACCAACAUGACGACCAGAUUAGAGAAUCACCGGUUCUGCAACCAGAGCCAGGACCAGAACCAGAAACAGAGCAGGUACCGGAAGAUUAUUAUAGAUCAUACUCACCGGUCGUCCUCGCUGUCGGCAAUCCUGAACCUCUACUCCCCUCCUCGCCGAAUCUUUCGGCCCAUUCAUCGAACCUCUCGCCAAGAUCACCCUAUCACCCUGGAAAAUACAUACCUGCACCUACACAGGUCCCCAAGGAGAACCGACCACACCAAGCUAGUGUCUGUAGUGUCUCUGACAGCCCUGAUUCUGGCAUUGGUGGCGUCGGCGAUGGCAAGGGUAAGAGUGAGUAA